AUGAAGGUUCUAAGCGUUUCUCUCCUUCUCUGCCUAGUUGCCACCGCAUUCGACCGAAAAGACAAUAACCGUGAUUUUCUUGAUGCAGCGGACCCCGAGCCCCAAAUUGUUGGUGGCCGAGAAGCUCCCUCAGGAAAGUUUCCUUACCAAGUCUCCUUGAGACAAAAUGGCAGACAUUUCUGUGGUGGUUCUAUCAUCAACUCUCGACACAUUCUUACUGCAGCCCACUGUGUCCAAGGAAUGGGCAACAUGAACGCCAUCACCGUCGUAGUUGGAACAAACCACUUGAACUCAGGUGGAGUUUCUUACGGAGUAGAGAAAGCUGUCUAUCAUAAUGGAUUCAGUCAAAGAACUCUUGUCAACGAUGUAGCUGUAAUCCGUGUCAAUAGAAACAUUGCCUUCAACAAUUUGGUUAAACCCAUCUCGUUAGCUUCUGGCAGCAACUCUUAUGAUGGAUCGUCCUGCGUUUUGUCCGGAUGGGGAACUCUUAGGGCUGGCGGUAAUGUACCAAACAAUCUCCAGUACAUAAAUCUCCACGUUCUGAGCGUGCCGCAGUGCAGAAAGACACACAGCAACGUAGGGAAUUCUCACAUCUGUACUUUCACCAAAUACGGAGAAGGUGCAUGCAACGGUGACUCUGGUGGUCCUCUUGUUGUCAACAACGUACAAGUUGGUAUUGUAUCCUUCGGAAUACCUUGCGGUGUUGGAAAGCCUGAUGUCUACACCAGAGUGUCCUCCUUCACAUCCUGGAUCAAGCAACAACAGACAUAUCUCGCUAAUACCGAAUUUGAUUUUCUUCCCGAGGACUCUGUUUUGGUCGCUUAA